UAUUUUCUAAAAAAUAAAUUUAAAUCAAUUUUUACUUGACCUAUAUAAAUGGUCAGUGCGCACGCGCGAUAAAUGUUGGAAUUUCAAAGCUGUCAAAACAAAAAUAUAACCAAAAAAUAGGAAAUAUUUCAGUGCAAAAGGACGAAAAUCAUGAGCGGGGGCCUAGCACCUAGUAGAAGUACUGUGUACAUCUCAAAUUUACCAUACAGUUUAACCAAUAAUGAUAUUCAUAAAGUGUUAGAAAAAUAUGGGAAAAUUGUUAAGGUAACGAUUAUGAAGGAUAAGCGAACACGUAGAAGUAAGGGAGUUGCGUUCGUGCUGUUUAUGAACCGAGAAGAUGCUUCCUAUUGCGCAAAGAGACUAAAUCAUCGAGAGAUGUUCGGGCGCAGGCUGAAAAGUAGCAUUGCAACAGAUAAUGGUCGUAGUACAGAAUAUAUACGAAAACGAACCUACUCAGAUAAAACUGCUUGCUAUGAAUGCGGUGAAACUGGCCAUUUAAGUUAUAGAUGCCCAAAAAAUGCGUUAGGUGAAAGAGAACCACCACCAAAGAAGAUACGAAAACGUAGAAAAGAUAGAGAUAGUCCUUCGAGACGUGACCGUGACCUCUCGUACUAUGAUAGUUCUUCAUCGUCAGAAGAAGAACGGCGUCGUAGAAGACAUUCAAAACAUUCUAAGCGGCGAGCUGAAGAUGAGCCUAGUGAAGAUUUAGAAACACUAAGUGCUGCGAUUGCUCUAGAAGCUGAAAAGAAGGAAAUUGAAGCAUACAGAUAUAAAGUAGCAACUGGUCAAUAUGACUCUGACGAGAAGGAGACGAGAAAACGGAAGAAAAUUAAACCAAGUAAAUAUUUUAGUGAUGACGAAGAUGUUAGUGAAUAAAAAAAACAUUGAAAAGCACAGUUUAUGGGUGAGAUUACGAUUUCCUGGGCGCCGUGACCCAAUCUAGUAAACCACAUAGAGGUUGAGUUUCGUUAGAUUAUAAUGGCCCUACAUUUUCAAUGAACUAUUGAAACUUUCGACCAUAGUCCACUGCCAUGUUGCGCCCAGGAAAUCGUAAUCGUGCGCAGAUUAUGUAUACAAAUAAUUUUUUUUUUAAAU